ACCUUAAGUUGAAAUAUUCGCAAGGAGAACUCUGUACAAAAUAUACAACUACAAAAUGUCUGCCAGUCAAGUUUUUCUAUAUGCCUGCCUGAUCUUUGGACUAAUGGUGACACUAGCUAGUGCCGAUACGCCCAUCAGAAAAUGCGCCAAUAACAAGAGUCCGCUGCCGUUGAUGGUGCAAAUAAAUGACUGCAAUGCGUUACCCUGUGAAUUGCUCAAGGGUCAAGAGUCCAGCAUAGCCAUACAGUUCGUAGCCACUCGUAAUGCCAUGCAUCAGCUGACGGCCAAGGUUUAUUUGACCUCGCUAGGCGUUACUAUACCCUUUGAGCUGGACGCGCAGCGCAGCAAUGUCUGCGAGAAUCUGUUGCACGGCGCCUACUGUCCUCUGGACGCUGGCGAGGAUGUCACCUAUCGCCUCCGGCUGCCCGUGGCCAACACUCAGCCAGAGGUGCCCACCCGCCUGCAGGUGACGCUGCACGAUUCGGAGCGGGGCAAUGAGGUGGUCGCCUGCUUUAUGACCGAUACGCGUGUGCGUAAAGCUUAGGCUAAUUAACUUAUGCUCUAGUUGUUAAUGAUAAUCGUAUUGUUUAUGAAACAUUGUAUCAAUGUUUGCUAUUAAUCGCAACUAAGCUGCUAACAUAUAAGCUGCUCUUGUUGGCGGCACUAUUAGAGAUUAUGAAUAAAUAAUUAAGACAAAACAUUAUUAAU